AUGCCGCCGCGUCGCGCGUGCGUGGCCCCCAUUUCUCCGCUGUUCGCUCCUUUCCUCGUCCAGAUCUUAAGGUGGGCUUUUCUGCUGCAGGCCAAGGGAUGGGACGAGGGGGAUCCAGGAGCCAUCACCGUCGAGGUCGUACGGACGGCUUCUGCUUCAGCUGCUGCUCCUGCCGCCGUUGGGAGGCGGCUUUUGAGGCGGGAGCGGCGUUAGCGACUUCGCUAUUCUGAGCUGUCGCGGGAGCGGCGCUGUUUAAGCUUAUGCGGCCGGCAUUUGUGAGGAGAGAUUGCGUCGUAAUGUCGAACGUAAUAGUACGAAUGAAAGGGUUUCCCGGCAGUGUUUGUACUCUUUAAACUUUUCAACGCUCCCGGGUGUGGUUGCUCGCUUUCAGCGAGGGCUAGCACGGACCGAUCGAGCCGCCAAUGGCGUCGAAAUGCGCCUUGGUUAAGACCUCGCCAAUUACUGCC